UCAACCACUCACCAAUAUCAAGAAUCGUACGAGGGCUAUGUGAGAACAUGAGUCGGAAAGCAAUUGUCCGGGAGCCGAGAAAAGAUUAUGGACAAGACGGCCUACGCACCGGUCGCGGCUGAAAAUAGUGAGAUGACGCUAUUCUUGCUCCUUCUCGCCCGCCAUCGCUGGGCAAUCUGCUAGCUAAGAAGCGGUGUCUUGUUGGACAGCUGCUUUUCUUCUUUGAAUUCUGAAACCCAUCCGUCGUAUCUAACGUAUUGCGUCUUAUCUCCCAAGCUUCAAUUCGCAUCCUUUUCUCAGUACUUACCUUCCCUGAUCCGCCGUGUACAAAAGUACCCCUCCAUCAAUCAGAAGCUUCUCGACAUAAUCCCAAAAAUGGCUUCCCAGACUUCGAGCAAGGCUCCAUCCCUAUCGACUGGCCCCGAGCCCAUCACCGACCCCGCGCCGACCGGUCCCGUCAAGACUCCUUUGACUGUCGCUCUGCCUGAAUGCAAGCCGAAUGCCCCUGCAGUCUUGACUGCCGACCAACAGACCAAGUACGCUUCAGUACUCUCGACCGUAUCGACGUGGACCACCAUCCCCAGCAACACCCUCAAGGAUGCUACGAACGAGCCCAUCACAGACAAUGAGCGUAUGUGGUUGACCCGCGAGUGUCUCCUCCGCUACCUCCGCGCGACCAAGUGGGACGUCCCAGGUGCUCUCAAACGUCUACAGGGAACGCUCUCAUGGAGACGUGAAUACGGUGCUGAUACCUUCACCGCCGACUACAUCUCUCCCGAGAACGAGACAGGAAAGCAGGUCAUCAUGGGUUACGACAUCAAUGCUCGCCCUUGUCUGUAUCUCAACCCCGGCAAGCAGAACACAAAGAACAGCGAUCGCCAGAUUCACCACCUCUCUUUCAUGCUGGAUAGAGUCAUUGACAUGAUGGGUCCUGGACAAGAGACGACUGCUCUGCUCAUCAACUUCAAGGGUGCUUCUAGCGGCAGCACACCCAGUGUUGGUCAAGCUAGACAGGUUUUGAACAUCUUGCAAAACCACAACCCCGAGAGACUUGGUCGCGCUCUGAUUUCUCAGCUGCCCUGGUACGUCAGCACCUUCUUCAAGCUUAUUUCGCCCUUUAUCGACCCAGUCACCAAGGAGAAGAUGAAGUUCAACGAGGACCUCAAGAAGUACGUCCCCACACAACAGCUGUGGAAGGACUACGGUGGUGAAUUGAACUUCGACUACGACCACAAGGCCUACUGGCCUGCCUUGAACAAGGAGUGUGACAGACGCCGGGAAGCAUUCAAGCAGCGCUGGAUCGAUGCCGGAAAGCAGAUUGGCGAGUACGAGGACUACCUCCGUGGAGGUGAGCAGAAGUGUCUUCGUGACUUGUCCGGCGAGACAGAGAAGCACAGCGAGGGAGUCAAGGUCGGCGACGAGACUCCCGACAUUGCUAGCCUGAAGGUCUAGAGGGAGGUCAAGAGUCUGGCUUUGCUGGCAGAGCCUAUCAAAGCAUGAUUGGAGCAGCAUUUGGGCCGGCGUUUUUCUCGAUUCUGGAUCAUUUGUCCUAUAAAAGCACAACAGCGCGUCACAGAAGAUAGAGCAUAAAAGUUCCACG